CCCCCCCUUUCCUUCCCAAAUUCCCAAUUCCCACCACACUACUAAACUAUCAUCAAUACUAUUAGGACGAAGUGCUAACGUAUCAUGACUUGCGUCUCUGUCUGUCUGUCUGUCUGUCUGUCUGUCUUUCUCUCUUUCUUUCUCUCGUUUCAAGCCCCACUCACUUCACUCAAACCCCAACACGUAAACAAGUUGUAUCGAAUUGAUUUGUGAUCGCUCUCUUUACUCUUUUACUCCUUUUCUCUUUCUCUCUUCCUUUCACGAACGCCAAACAUUGCAACAAUCCAACAUACCAUUCAUUUUUCAUUCCAUUCCCAAUUUUAAUUCAACUUUUUCUUUUUGCUUCGCCUUUCGCCUUUCUCCUGUUUUUUUUUCUCUUACAUAUCAUCAUCAUAUCUGCAUUCGCUUCACACUAUCCUCCUCCACACCCCCCUCCACCCUCCAUAAUGCAAAUACUUAACAAUAUCCUUGAACAGUUCUUUGUGCGUUAUCAUAAUCGUUCAACCAUUUGUUUCAUUUUCGUCGUAUCCUACAUACAUGUUUUUUUCGUUGCAUUUCAGUUACAUAACAGUCAUUUUUUUCUUAGUUGUUUAGUUUACACCUGUGUAGAGCCAAUCCACCCCGCUGCUGCCUAGCCAGCUUUUUCCUAGCCCCCACCCCCCCUCUUUUAACCUUGGUACCAAAUGCACCCGUGCAUGUGAUCAUGUCGAAAGUUAACUACAUCCAAAUUAAAAAAUUUCCAUAUAC